AUUUGGAACCCUCAAUUAUUUUUGGGCGUGGACAGAUUAAUUUUCCCAUUCAUAUAUAAAAAUAUUCUGCCCUGUCACCCCGCGUGGGUGAUAUAUAAUAACACCAAUGAAAUAUUUAACUAAAAAACGGGUUAGAUACCCUCACAUAAAACCAAUGAUUGUUGCCUUACGAUGUUUGGAUCUAACUUCUAUUUUCUAACUCUAUCUACGUCUAAAAUAUCAUGUGAUUACGACUGUACAUUUUUACUUAACACUUGGAAUUUCACCAAUCUAUUUGGAAACAUAUCUGUGGAUAUUUUUAAACCACAAUCAUAAACAUGCUUCAUCGACCUACACUUAUGCCUCCAUCAAUGAAAUCAUCUACAAAAUUCAACCUUUCCACAAAUUCACCACAUUCAUCUCAAUCAAUCAAAAUUGAAAGUCCAGAAUUAAUUCAACUUUUCAACUGUAAUGAUGAUGAUGAUGAAAUUGUGGUUGUUGAACCGACAGAUCCAGAUGAAGAUCGAAUGAAACAGGAAGAGACAACAUUUGAAGAUGUAUUGAACAAGAAACAAGAAGAUCAUAACGAAGAUGAUCACAAUGGUAAUGAAACAGACAUGAAUUCAACUGAAUCCAACAUGCCAGUGUCAGUUGGUAAGGUGGAUGAACCGAUUAGAAGCGAAACACAAAACGAAGCUCCGAUCACCGUAACCACGGAUUCGGUGAGACCCAUUAGCAUCUUACCUCUGAAUGAUGCCAUUCAAACUCUUUUAACAAGUACACCACAUGUUCCCACUAUACAGAAUGUCUCGAUUCAACCUAUACUACCAGGUAAAGUGAGUGGAUCAGGAAGUGUACAGAACCCGAGUGUUGUUCCCAGUGUAUUGCCUACACUGUGGCUCCAUUCUCCUGUUGUGAAUCCGACGGCCAUUAGUGUGCCAAAUUUGAAUAACAUAACAGAUUUGACGAAUAAUAUUGUGCAGAAUACUACGAAUGCACUGAACCCACUUGUUGCUGCUGUACUUGUCAACUGUGCUACAGUGAACAUGAUCAGUCAACUAGCAGGAUCUAUGUGUAGUCCGAUCAUGAACAGUCUGAUUGAUGCAAAUGUUAGUGUUGGUAACAUGAACAGUAAUAAUAGUAAUAAUAAUAAUAAUGUAAACCAGAGUGGAAUUAGCAGCAGCAGCAGUAGUAGUGGUGUGAACACUGUGACAAUCCCUACAGCGUCAAUACUUCCUAAUUUAUUAUCUGCCAUCCCUUUGUCUACUUAUAUAUCUGGAUUAACAGUGAAUACAACCACCAAUGCAGGUAUAUUUAGUUCAGCGAAUAAUGCGUGUGAUGUUGGUGUUAGUAGUGCAGUAGUAUCGUCUACUGGAACUCUCAACACGAAUAAUAAUAAUAAUAAUAGUAAUACUGUGGGUAGUAUGAUCAUUGCACCAUCAAAAAUGGAGAAUAUAAGUACAGUUUCAUUAUCAUCUGAUCAUAAUUCUAAUCAAUCGGAAUACUUACAUAUAUCUGAUUCUAAAAGUAAUCAACAACGACCUAUUGGACGUGUAAAACGCUUUAAAUGUCCUAUAUUAAAUUGUCAAAUGUCAUUUUAUAGUAGAUUUAAUCAAAUGGAACAUAUACGUACACAUACUGGUGAACGUCCAUUCACUUGUCCUGAACCACAAUGUACUUCAACAUUCAAACGUAGACGUGAUCUUCGUGAUCAUUGGAGUAUGCAUCUGUUAGAUUGUCCACCUUCUGCUACAUUGACUGAAGAAGAAUUUAAUAAAGCAUUAAAGGAAGCUGAUGAAAAAUAUAAUGCAAUGUAUAACUUUGAAACAUUGAACUUAAAUGCUUCAGUAAAUAAAAGUAAUAACAGUAAUAAUAAUAAUAAUAAUAGUUAUGAGAAUAAUGAUAGUAAUAAUAAUAAUAAUAAUAAUAAUAAUAAUAGCAGUAACAAUGUAACAAUUGUAAAGUCAGAAUCAUCUCAACCACCUGUUAUUAUAACCGAUCCUAGAGCACUAUUUAACACAAAAUCUGUUAGUCAACUAGGUAGAUAUCAUUGUACAUAUCCAGGAUGUGAUAAAUCAUACGCUAGAAGACAUCGAUUAAAUCAACAUAUAUCAACACAUACUGGCACUGGUCCAAUACCUUGUGAUGCACCAAAUUGUAAUGUGAGAUAUUUUUCCGAGGAAGAUUUAAAACGACACAAAUUAUCACAUCUUUAUGCAGCUGAUAAAGAUUCACGUCGUAGACAUGCUUGUACAUAUGCUGGUUGUGGAAAAGCUUAUUCAAAAUUGAAUAAAUUGAAGGAACAUCUAAGAUCACAUACAGGUGAAAGACCAUAUGUUUGUCGAGAACCUGGUUGUGGUGCUGCAUUCAUUCGACUAUAUGGUGUUAAACGUCAUGAAUUAACACAUGUAUUCGGUCGUAAACGUGCUGAACGGCUGUCUCAAUUACCUAACACUUUAAGUAAUAAUAGUAUCACUGAAACUAGUUUUGAUAUUUCUGAACCAAGAUUGGAUCUUCAGAAUAAUUCAGAAAUAGUUACUAGUUCACCAUAUAUCUUACCAAAGCCAAUAGAACCAUUGGAAGUAAAAAAUGAAACACCAAUAGCACCGGCUAUUCCAAAAAAUCGUACUCUUCCAGCGAUUGCACCAAAAUCCACUGUUUCACUUCCUAUGCGUCCAAUUUCUCCGAUUAGUGGAAAUCCUGGAAUGCGACGACCACAUAUUUGUCCAUUUAAAGAAUGUGGUAAAGCAUUUCCGAAAUUGAAUAAACUACGUGAACAUAUAUGUCGACAUACUGGUGAAAGACCAUUUGUAUGUGAUAAAUGUAAAGCUUCCUUUGUUCGUAUGUACGAUUUACGUCGUCAUAGUAAUAUUCAUCUUCGUGGUGCACAACCAAGAAGUUUGUCACGUUUUCUUCCAACUCCACAACAACCAACAAACCAAACACUUCAAUCUAUUGUCUCAAGCGGUCAAACGUAUGCUAGUACCGGUUCUGUUACUACUACUACUACUACUGUCACUACUACUAGCACCAAUAGUAAUAAUAAUAAUGUUUACACUACUCCCAUUGUUACUUCGACAGCUUCUACAACCAAAGAUAUCACAAAUCCUACAAAUUCCAUCAUUUCUAUCGUUCCUGUUCAUCCUCCUAUCCGGACACUGAUCACUACUAAAGUUGAAGAUCAACCAGCAGUACCAGUGAAAAUGGAAGAAAUUACUGACAAAUCAAUAAUAACGAAGCAACCAUAUGAUACUACUACUACUACUGAUACUACUGAUAAUAAUACUAAUAAUAAUAAUAAUCAGGUAACAGAUUACAUUGAUCAGUAAUAUCAUCAUACAUUUUGAAAUCAUUUUUAACUGAUCAUUUUUACCAAUGGUUGUUAGAUAAUCGAUGAAAAUUAUAGUAACAAUAGAACAACUCACACUGUCUAGACGAUGCACAACUUAUCAAUGUAGUUGAUUUGUUAAUGAAUAUACUGUGUUUCUGUUUUGUUUUUUUUUUCUGGUUUCACUGCAAAUGUCAUUUCAUCAUUGCAACAAUCACAUCGACCAACAACUAACUGUAUUCAUCCAAUUCAUUUUUCAUUUGUUCAGUGUUGUUUAAUCAGUUGUUUUUUUCUCAGCAUUGUUCAAUUUACCAUAGUUUUCAUGUGACCUUGUGAAUUUUAUUGAUUUGUUAAUUUGUUGGUUUGUUUUUCUCUCUCAUCGUUAUCAUUCAAAUUUCAAUCGAUACAUUGAUGAUGUCUGAUUUGCGUUAUCUGGUUUUCUUUAUUUUUUUUUCGCCCUAUUCUAGAAUGCAAUGUAUAGUUUUGUUAUUGUUGUUGUUGUUGAAGAAGACUAUUUAUUAUAGAGAUGAAACAAUGUACAAUAUUGAAUAAUCAUGUAACAGUUCAAUUGUUAUUUCUCAUUUUCAAUAUAUUCAUGCGUAUGCAAUUUUGAUGUUUAUUAUUUCUUGAUAUCGUUUUUGGUGAAUACUUUACAUUUUUCAUAAUGUAAACAUACUUUAAUGGGAGAUGUAAUUUUGCAUAGUUUGAUUCAACUUUUAGUGGGGCUGAAUUGUCUGUAGAUUUCGUUUAAUUAGUGUACUACUACUGUGGUGCGAGCU